UUUUUCGCCACUCCAAGAACACUGCAUCCCAUCUGGGCCUUUCCCAAAUUCAAUUCUUUUUCCCGUUAGUAUAUCUUCUCCCUCUCUUCUCUCUGAAUCUUGCUCUUGGGUUCAGAAUGUGUGUGGAGGUGUGUUGGGGGGUGCGUGGGGGAGAGAGAGAGUAGUGAGUGGUUGAGCUGAAAGGGGUAGCAUAGAGAUCUGAGUCUGAGCUGCAACUUUGGAGCUUGCUUAGGGAAGAAGCAUUUUGAGCCAGAGCUGGAGAGUAAUGAGUGUUAGCUCGAUCCAUCGUUGAAAAGUUCUUCUCUCUCUCUCUGCGAGAAUCUUUUGAGCUAACAAUGAGCUAACUUUUUGAGCGACUGCGGUAGCUUCCAAUCUUCUUCUUGAAGAUUGUAUCUUCCCGUUUUGGGUCUCACCAAGAAAAGGCGAAAAGGAGAAUGCCCAUUUGUCUCUCUCGCUCACAUUCCUUCUUCAGCUCAAGAUUUUGCAGCUGUUGCUGCUGUAGCUCUGAUGCCAACUUCCCACAUUCUCGAAGGGAAAGAAAAAUUAAGAAGAGGCUCUAGUGAGAUUGAAGAUUGUGAAGAGUGAGAAUUAGGGGAAAUGAACCUCUUUUGUGCUCUGAUUUCAAACGUCCGUUCUAGAAAGGCUCCAUGAAGUUGAUUAUUCUUAACCAUUACUACUUGGCCAGGGAAUAGGAAGCAACUGCUGAUAUCCCAAUUAUAUAGAAGACCAUGAAGCGACACUUCUUCAGAGCAUUACCUUUUCUCUUGCUCUUGUUCAUACUUCUCCAAGCAAAUGCCGAUUUGGAUUCGGAUAAGCUGGCACUCCUGCAAUUUGCAAAUGCCGUCCCUCAUGGAAGGAAACUGAACUGGACUGCUAGUUCUCCCAUCUGUACUUCUUGGGUUGGUAUCACCUGCUCCCAAAAUCAUACUCGUGUAAUUGCCCUUCGGCUCCCUGGAACUGGACUUUUUGGUCCUAUUCCGGCCAACACUUUGGGAAAGCUUGAUGCGCUCACGACACUUAGCCUUAGAUCCAAUCGCCUAAGUGGGAAUUUGCCAGCUGAUGUACUCUCUCUUCCUUUCCUCCACACAAUCAACCUACAAAGUAACAAUCUUUCGGGUGACCUACCCUCUUCACUCUCUCCCCAGCUCAGUGUGGUUGAUCUCUCCUUCAAUGCCUUCACUGGAGAAAUCCCACCUGAAAUUAGAAACUUGACCCAUCUUACCAUUUUGAACCUCCAAAAUAAUUCAUUUCUGGGGUCAAUCCCCAAUCUCAGACAAACUAGGCUGAAGCAGUUAAACUUGAGCUAUAACCAUCUAAAUGGUUCAAUUCCAUCUGGGAUCCAAAAGUUCCCUGUGUCUUCCUUUCUGGGGAAUCCUUUACUUUGUGGCAAACCUCUGAAUGAGUGUUCUUCAAUCAGCCCAUCACCUUCUCCCUCACCUUCCAUAUCACCACACCCACCACGAGAAAAAUCCAAGAAGAAACUGAGUCUUGGAAUUAUUAUUGCCAUUGCAGUCGGAGGUACUCUAGUGCUAUUUCUUCUCUUGCUGGCAUUAAUUUUAUGUUGCGUGAAGAAAAAACAGAGUGAAGAUGGUCCCUCGGUGAAAGGUAAAGGAGUACGGACUGAUAAGCCUGAAGACUUUAGCAGUGGGGUCCAAUCGGCGGAGAAAAACCGGCUUGUGUACUUUGAAGGUUGUUCUCACAGUUUUGACCUCGAAGAUCUACUGAAAGCCUCAGCAGAAGUUCUAGGCAAGGGAAGUUGUGGGACCACAUAUAAAGCCAUCAUGGAGGAUGGAACCACUGUGGUGGUGAAAAGGCUGAAGGAAGUGGUGGCAGAGAAAAGAGAGUUCGAGCAGCAGAUGGAGAAUGUACAGAGGGUAGGACAUCAUCCGAACGUCAUUCCACUUCGUGCAUAUUACUACUCAAAAGAUGAAAAGCUCCUCAUAUAUGACUAUAUAACAGGAGGCAACUUCUCCUUGUUGCUACACGAAGGUGGGAGACAACCACUGGACUGGGCAUCGCGGGUGAAGAUCUCUCUUGGAGUGGCUAAAGGCAUUGCUCAUAUCCAUUCGGCCGGAGGCGGGAGGUUCAUCCAUGGCAAUAUCAAGUCCUCCAACGUCCUCCUCACUCAGGACCUUCAAGGUUGCAUCUCGGAGUUCGGCCUGACUCCUCUGAUCCGUACUCCUGCAGUGCCUCCUAGAAGUGCAGGUUAUCGGGCCCCUGAAGUCAUAAAAACUCGGAAACCCACACAAAAAUCAGACAUCUACAGUUUCGGAGUACUACUUCUCGAGAUGUUGACUGGCAAGUCACCCAUCCAAUCUCCUAGACGUGAGGAUGUCUUCGAUCUGCCGAGGUGGGUGCAGUCCGUUGUUAGAGAGGAGUGGACGGCUGAGGUGUUUGACGAAGAGCUACUGAAGGAUGGAAAUAUUGAAGAGGAGCUGGUGGAAAUGCUUAAAAUAGCAUUGGCCUGCGUAGACCGUAUGCCUGAUACAAGACCUCCGAUGGGUGAAGUUGUUAGGAUGAUUGAAGAAGUUCGGCCAUCUGAUUCGGAAAAUACUCCGACUCCAUCAUCGUAGUAAGUCAGAAAGCUUGCUUACACUUAAAUCCCAUUUGUUUGGGUUAGCUUAGCAUUCGUGCCAUGAAUAUAGAUUCAGAUUCUCGGGGCUGAAAUGUACAAAAUCUGAAAAAGCAGGAAAAUUGCAAGAGUGAUUUUUCUUUAAUUUUUUGUGUAGGAACUAAUUUGAGAGUUACAGUGUCACAGCUCUUCCAUUGUCAUCUUUCAAUGAAUUGUCCAGGACGAAGUGUUUUCUAUCU